CGGCACUGGUUCUAGUUUUAACUUUCACUUAAUCCAUUACGUAGCACCAGCAGUACCCAGAAGAGAUAAAAAAAUAAUACUAACCUUGGGAAAUCCAGUCGAACCCGCACAUCGGUUCGAUUUAGAUGUUGAUUCGCGGAUUAUAGAAUUUCCUGUAAGCAUAUCUGGAAACGAGUGUCACAAAAUGCGCUCCAUGUUCUACUUGGAAACGUGUCUCAGCGUCGUGUUGGGUUAAGUGUGUCCAAUUCCCGCCAUCCCCGUCUGUCUCGACCGCCGGCGUUAGCAUCGGGUCAAACCCCCUGUAAUUCCUGGUUUUCCCGCCAGGGGGUGAAUUUUCCUCCCAAUCCAGGGAAGGAGCUUCGUCGCCGCUCGAUUCGGGUCACCAGUGCCGAUUCGAUCCAGCGCCUGCAAAGACUACAAACUACACAGGACUCGAUCAAACGAGGAUCGGACGAAACAAACGCCGCGCGGAUUUGCUCGUCUCUGAACCAUGGCUACCGUUGAUCAGAUUCUGGACUACAAGAAGAAGGAGGAGGAGGAUUACUAUGCCAUUCUGGGAUGUGAUGAAAACUCUACGGUAGAGCAAAUUCAAGCUGAAUACAAAGUACGAGCUCUGCAGUACCAUCCAGACAAGAAUGAGGGUAACAAAGAAGCCGAACAGAAGUUUCAGUUACUCAAUGAAGCCAAAGAAACGCUGUGUAAUCCAGAAAAGAAAUGUUUAUACGACAAAUGGAAGAACAGUGGCAUUGCAAUCAGCUACAAACAGUGGCUUGGAAUGAAGGAACAUGUUCAGCAGUCAAUGCACUGGAGCACACCGAAAACCAAAGACCGCAUGCUGGAGUCAUCUGGUCCUUCCUCUCUGGGGGCGGCGCCACCAAGCGCUGCCCAUAGACGCGCUUCUGAAGGCGGAGCGAAUUUACACUGGAGCGGAAGAGGCGGACCUCACUGGCAGCCGGGACAACCUUCAGAGGUGGUCAGCAAGUUCAGAAAUUAUGAAAUUUAAGUGUUUUUAUGUCACCCCCUGCCUGUGGAUGUGGCUCUUGCCCUUGUACGUAUGUGUUUCAGGUUAAUGGUUUCCAGGUUUGAACGCACAACCCAAUAAAUUUUAUGUUCAAAAUUUCGAUAUGCACCUAAUAUUAAAUUGAGGAGUUGAUUUUGAGAUAUUUCUAUCAACAGAUAAAAUUGUUUUCAUAACUUAAAAAAUCUCCAAAUGUCUAAUGUAUUGUUCUGUACUGUUCAAUGAUCGAAGUAUAGUUCAUUUGAUGAAAAGUGCAUAAUCAAAUUCAAUUUUUAUGUGUAUAAAUCUUAGAUAGUCUAUUUGAAAGAAAGUUUAUAAUAUACGCCUUUAAAGUAAGGCAUGUUACUCAAUACCCCUGGAAAUUCGGAAGGAUUCAUUUUUUUAAGAUGGUUAUCGUAUACGGUUAGGUGGGCACCUUCUAUUCACGUUGUCCCAUUUUAAUCUCCCCACAUAUUUAUUUCGAAAACCGCACAUUCUAAAAAAAAACGUUUCAAACAAAAAUUGUAGGGUUUUGGGUGGCAGUCUAAUAGUGACUUUGACAGUGACCUUGACUACUACAAUUGAAGCCCUUUCAAGGUCAAGUGAAUAUUUUUAAAAGUACCUUUUUCACAUCAAAAUUGAAAAGAGUGGUAAAUUUUACGCCCAAACAUUGCCUUGGCUAUGACCUUGACCAUUGCCGUUCAGACCAUUUCAAGGUCAAAUAAAGACAUUGAAAACAAUCUGAUAUAGCAAAAAUCGACAGCAGAGAUGUGAGGCUGGUGGGGAUCAGGGAUCAGGUGACCUUGAGCAUCACCUUCAAAUUCAAGUACAAAAUUUUUAUUUUCAUAGUGAAUAUGGAAAAAGCAGCAAAUUGUACAUUCGAAUGUGAUCUUGACCUCAAAUAACAUUUAGGUCAACGACACUUUCGGACGUAAAGGUUCCUAUUUUUCCGGUAUAAAAAUGAGAGGUUUUCCUUGGAAAAUUUGACUUGACCUUGCAAGUCGUAAUCAAGGUCAUGGUCACCUUUAGGUGAUGUCCUUGUGAAUUGGCCUUGAACGUAAUUCUCAAGCCAUGAUCAAGGUGAUGUUUAGGCGUAACAUUUGCUCCUCUUUUCCAUUCCGAUGAGAAAAGAGAGGUUGUAUGUAAAAAUAUUUGCUUGACCUUGGAAUGGCGUCGAAGUUCGUAGUCGAUGUCAUUAUCAAGGUAAUCGAUAUUUUACCCCAACCAUACAACUUUCAUCUGAACCUUUUUUUCUCUAGAAUGCACACUUUUCAAAAUAUUAAGAUGGGGACAUUAAAAUGGAACAGUGUAUAAUGAUGUCAUUUAUACUCAUGACAUGUGUUUGCUUGAGAUGCCAUUCAUCGCAUUUUCAGUGCCAAUAAAAAAAAAAUCUGGAAACUAGUUUGUUCAGCAUAGGCAACCUAUAACGUUACCUGAAAAUACGUUUUAAUGUCGUACCUUUACCUGUAUGUGGUUAUAAUCUUUCCUAAGCAUUAUGCUUUAUAGUAAUGGAAGAGGUUUGAAUGGUACUUUUUGUGAUCUAACUCUUAUCUGUUCGAAACAGGCAGCUAGCUUUGGAAAGGAAUCCAGGUUGAUGCCUUACCAUUUGAAAAACAGUUACCCAUCUUAGGCUUGCCUUUUUUUGGAAAGUUUUUAUUGUUUCAGCUAAAUGCAUGACCCUACCAUAUUAUGUAUACUUUACAGUUACUUACUAAAAAUAGACCUUCGAUACCAAAAUGGAAAAGCGUAGCAUAACUCACCGUACGUCUCUGCUUAAGGCGGCUCCGACGCAGUCAGUUUCAAGCCAUUUACAAGGGUUCAGCUGCUUCGAAACUGGCACUCCAUUUUGCAAUGUUUUUUAAUGAAAUUCAUACAUUAUGUUCAGAAGACAAUUGUCCAGGGUGCUAUCGGAGCACUUUUUGAAGGUUUGUUUUUGCACAAGAUUUGUAGUAGGUUGAAAUGCUUACUUUUUUUGUUGAACUUCGAGAUUUUUUUACUUCGCACGCCAGUGGCGCGAAAAAUUUCGAAAAUGAGAUGUUAUGUUUUUUAGGUCUUGAAAUCUUGACAUCUACAUCACCAAAAACUAUAUCUCUGAGUUUGUCUGUCUGCUAAUCCUUCACCCGUAUAUAAGUUGGAAAAUACCGCUCGGCUUUUUAUGAAAUUGCCUCACAAAUCUUUGUAGUUUCAGUCCAGUUGCGGCGGCGCUAUAGGCAAAAAAACGAAAAAUUAUAACAAUCGCUGAAACUCCUUUUGACGUUUGAGUCAUAGUCAUACAUUGUAGUGAUUAAAAACUGGGAGUUAGGCGAAAGUGUUGUUAAAUGUUUCAUCCUUGAUUUGUGAAACCCGUUCUAUUAUUAAGAAGCUUCUGAUCCCAGAAGCUACAGGAAAUUUAAGUGAUGGAAAUCCGACGAACAAUGUGCUCAUGACUUGAACAAAUCGGUACCUGCGUUAUAGGUUUAACACCCAGAGCCGAUAGAUGUGCAACUGCCGACAGUAGGGAAGAAUAAAUUCGGAUAUUUAUAAUGUGGAUUAUUAGAAAUCCGACUCUGUUAUUAAGGAAAUUUACCCAGGUACGCGCUCGCAGUCAUCCUUUCCUUUUUUUUAAGUAGAGCCGACGAUCGUCUAAGACCAGCCCACUGACGUUUCCUAUUCAUCCCCCAGUUACCCCAGGGGAUGGUCCUCGUGAUCGUGUGAGUCGCGUUAAGUGGUGUGUUUCUGUGCGCGUGCGGACCUUGCCGUACUCAAGGACAUACUGCGUUAACAGUGGCGUACGAUUUGUUACGCUAUUCUUGUACAGUUUAAUAAUUAGCUAGUCAUCAAAAGGGCUUUGCCUUUAUCCAGAUUCCAGGCAUUUUCUGUUGCAUUGAAUAUUCUUUCCAAAGAUUGCUGUUACCCGCAUGCCAAAAUUGAGCCAAUUCCAAUCUAAAUGAUAUUUAAACCUUAUUUACUCCACGUCAAACAAUGUUAAGAGUUCUUAUGGAAUCACAUAUACAUUCGCGAGUAUCAACAUCAGCUUUGUAAGCAGCAUUUUGUAGAUCUCAUAUAUACCUAAAAAUCUUAUAUGAAGAGUUUUUUCGUUUCUGCCAAGACUUCCUAUUGAAUCCCAAAAAUCAUGUUUACGGCCCUGUCGCAAAAUCCAUACUGUCUAGAAGCUACCUCCCGAACAAAUUAUCUCCAGUAGAAAAAAAGGACUUUGAUACAUACUUGUGAAUACCUAUAUCCCCUUUAAUCCAGGUAUGUUGCAAAAUUCGUUCUUAGCUGAAAUGUCAUGUCUGACAAAUUUCAUGUCCAUAGAAUAAAUAGUUUUCGAGAUUUCUUGAUUAACGGGUGCAGAUAUUUUGAGGUGUACUUCCAUAAGCUACGUGUCUGAUAAAUUUCGUGUUCAUAGGUCAAAUAGUUUUCGAGAUAAAUUUCUAUAAACUCAAAUUGAAAAGUGAUAAUGUUCCCCAUAGAAAUAUUCAAACCACUCCUACCCCAUCCUAACGAUAUAAUUUAUGGAAUUUUUCAUCGUUACUUUUUAUUUUAGAUACACGUACACAUACUUGUAGGUAGGCCUAAUUUGAAAUAUUCUAGGUUCUGCAGCCUCAAGAGCAUUACCCCCCACUUCAUCCCUUUGGGGUGAAAGUUCCAAAAUUUCUUUGUGAGUGCCUAGUUACAUUAUAUCAAAGAAACAAAUAUACAAAACGCAUUUGUAUCUCUAACUGAAAGGAUAAUAGUUUCCCCAUAGUAACCUUGACCCGCUAUACCAAGUCUUUCAAGUUUUAUUUUCCCAACAAAAGGUAGCCUAUGUCCGUCUCCAAGGUCUCUAAUCUAUAUCUAUGCUGAAAUUCGUCAAUAUCGAUCCAGCCGUUUCGGCGUGUAAACGGAAUAUACAUUCAUAUAAACGUACACACUUUCGCACUUAAAAUAAAAAAUGCACGACGUAAAUGCCUUAUUCAUAUAUCCUUACUUAUUUCGGUCGGUCGGACCGCUGACCGCUUCCACGCCAGACAUCUCAUGUCAAAUUCCAUUAAGCUGUGCAAUGGAUGCUUCAAAGUUAUUUCCCGGGAAAAAAAGGUAGCCUGUACCCUAUUUCACGAGUAUCCAUAACGGUAGAAUGACAGCUGGUUAUCUAGUAAUACGAGUACUUAAAAAUUCUCCAUAUCGGCACAGGCCACAUAAUUCUGACGGAGCCGUGAAUGCCGUAUUUUGUUUUGAUUUUUUUGUACGCUACAGAUUCAUUUUGUACUUGCUAAUAGUUCUUUUAUUUAGAGAAGUUCAUUUGCAUACAAAAAACAAAACGCCAUAAACAAGUUUUACUAGAUUUAUACCCGAUUCAUUAUUGCCAACGUUGCAGACUAGCACAAAAGUGUCACUUCCUGAUCAGCUGUUCACCUCAGUAGACGUCAGAGCGUGAUGGAUACUCGUGAAACAGGGCAUAUGUGCUAUUCCUAACUAUCGCACUCAUUAUAGGUAAUAUUGACCAAUAGGAACACGGGAAUUUGAAAGUCGCGGGCUGCUGUUUGCUUUAACGUGGAGUAAGUUAGAUGCGAAUGCAUAUUUCGGCAUGUAAAAUAUAUACCAUCCUCCACAUUUUCAAUUAUAGGUUGUAUAAGAUACGUAUAUAGAAAGUUAUUUUUAUCUCUGGAAUUAUUUUUUAUAAGAGUAUUUCCUGUGUAAAUUAUUUUUGAUAUGACUUUGUUUGUUCAAAAAGACAAUCUCUGUCUUUUCGCGUGUGAUUUAGGACCAAAUGGAAAUAUGAGGAUAAGAGUGAAACUGUCCAGUAGAUUUUGAAUACUUCAUUCGACGUUGAAAAUGUAUUUUACCACCCAUUUCUGUGACUGUAUAUACAAAAAAUGUAUCUGUAGAAUUGUGGUAGAACCCAACCCACAGUCCUGAAUGAUAAAAGCAUAUAUUCAUUAUAUCUACAACAGAUAAUACCAAGCGUGUCAAGCUAGAACCGAGUUAUCAUAUAUCAAGUGCGUGACCAUUUCUAAGCACGAAAAAAUAAAAUAUAUAGAAAGAUGUUUUUUAAUUGUAUUUUUCGGUGUUUGACAUAACUUCAAGUUGCGAGCCUACCUUUUCCUGAGAGUAAGUAAGAUUAAUUACUUGACUCGCUUGAUACAGAAAAAAAUUCUUACAUAAGAGAAAUUUGAUGUAAUAGUUCACAGCAAAGGUCGAAUACCACAAAGUACAGCUUUUCUAACUAAAUUACCAACUAAAAUCAAGAGAUCCCUAACGAUCGUUAUUUGGUAUUUGACCACUAAUACUAUAGGAACGUAAAAUGUUCAAUUUGACGUUAGUUCACUCCACAACUGUGAUCAGAUUGAUCAAGUAAUUCUGCAAUUGACUGGUGGAUCGAUGGACUUUGAACUGUGCACCAUCCAACAUUCGUUUCAUGAUCUAUAUCGUGGACUGGACUGAAGUUGUGUGAUAUAAAAUCAAAAAAUCAUUUUUGUAUAAUCGGUCUCAAAACUGAGUCACUUUAAAGUUGGUAUCUUGUUAUAGUUCAUGAUAGACUUAUAAAUUAUACAUUCGAGUAAGGUGCAAUAACGUAAAAAACCCUAAUAAUUCCAUAUAAUUGCUUUGAGUGUUGCGAAUCUAAAUAAAUCGCAUUAUUUCCAUGCUAUUAUAGCAACAAAUACACAUAAUUUGACUAUCCUAUAAAUUGAUCUACUCAAAGCUGCUAGUCCCUACCUACUACAGAAAAGCCGCAUUCUCGGCUUCGUAACGACCGUCGAUAAAAAAUGUAGACACUAUACGUCUGUCGUAAACUAUACGUAUCUAUAUUGUCUAAUUAUUCUACCAGGGUAAGCACAAAAUUAUUCAUAUCACCAUCACUGUCCCUUGACUAGAUAUUUUGAUAAAUGUUUAUUAAUCCCUUGCACAGCUGUGGUCUCAAAAUCUACUGAUAUUGCUCGUAGUUUUUGAUAUAUUACAACAUAAUUAAUGUUUGCUACGAUGAAAGUUUAAAAGCCAGGUUGUGAAGGAAGUAUAUUUUGUAGACUACUCCUGUAUGUAUAAUAUACGUUUAGAUCUAUAUGUAUAAUAUGUUUGAGAAUAUAUGUUUGGUGUUUAAAACCU